AUGGGUGACGACGACGCUCUCAAGGCCGGCGCACAUGCAAAAUCCCCUGCUCGCAGGGUCCAUCGCGUCAAGCCUUUGAGGCGCAGGAGUAUCUUCGGAGGCGGCGCUGGUGGUGGCGCCGGUGACUUCUCAACUUCUCGCGUCCUCGUUGCCGGCUGCACCCAGGACAAAGACAUGGCGGCCACUUUCCUGCAGUACUGCGCCAUGUGCGAGCGUCAGAUCUCGCAUCCUUCCAACAGUAUUCUCUAUUGCAGCGAGGCAUGCCGACGUAAAGACUCGGCCAAACCUCUCUCUGCCUCGGCCAUGUCCAUCUCGUCUCCUCCAGCGUCGCCCCUCGCGGUGUCAACACCGCCUAUGCGCGGCGCUGUCAAGUCGUCAUCCUCUCCAGAGUACUUCGUCACGUCCUCCCGGAUACCCACAGACAUCCACCACUUCAAAUCAGAUCUUGACCCGACGGAAUGGAAGCCAAAAUUACCACACCGAUCCUCUGGCUCGUCUGAAGCGUUCAGGUACCUCAGCCGCUUCCACGACACCAUGACCGCCAGCGCGAAUGUGGGCGCCGGUGUGGGCGAUGUCGCAGACCGUCCUCUGAGCGUGUGUCAUAAGAGCACGACCAGCUUGAGCACAAUGCCUAGCACGGCCACCACAACCCCGAGUCUCGGGAACACGCCCACGACCGCGAGCACGAGUUUCGACAGCCGCUACGAGUACGAUUUUGCCUUUAAUCUGCGUCCAUUGCCCCCUCGCCAGAACCCGAUGUACUCGUACUCGGCGAGCGCCAGCCAUGUCAAGGGGAUCGACCUGGUCACGCCGCACAUCCCGCCUCCUCCGGCUCCUGCUGCCGAAGACUUCUGGGCCAAGAAGAAGAGCAUUGUGCCAGGCAGUUCACUCAGUGCUAAGCAUGGCGACGGACUCGGUGCAUUGUUUGCGAAGGAGACAUGA